UCCCGUAAAUGCAGCAGUGCUUGUAUUCACUGUGUGCACGUUUCUUUCUUUUUAGUGACACAGACAGAGGGACAGACGGAAAGACAGAGAUUUGCUGUAGUAGAAAGUAAGAAGGGGAGGGAGGUAGCUGGAGACGCCAGGGAGAGAAGGAGGGAGGGGUAAGAUAGAUAGAGAGAGCGGGCAAGCAAAGGGGACAGAAGGGAGGGAAAAGCGCGAGAGAGAGAGAAAGAGAGAGAGAGAGAGAGAGAGAGAGAGAGAGAGAGAGAGAGAGAGAGAGAGAGAAAGAAGAGGGGGAGCACAUGUGUAUGCUUGUCACUAAGGGGCUGGGAGAAGGACUAAGGGAAGCGAGGUAGCUGGCCACAGCCGCCAUAUGCUGACUGGAUUCCUGUUCAUGUCUGCUGUGUGAAGACUGUAGGUUUCUGUUGUGUGCUGGCCAGCUGGGGAACACACCAUGGGAAGCUCACAUCUCCUCAACAAAGGCAUGCCUCUAGGCAUCAGGCCACCCAUUAUGAAUGGGCCCAUGCAUCCGCGCCCACUGGUGGCACUGCUGGACGGGCGAGACUGCACUGUGGAGAUGCCCAUCCUAAAAGAUGUAGCAACCGUGGCCUUUUGUGACGCUCAGUCUACACAGGAGAUCCACGAGAAGGUGCUGAAUGAAGCUGUAGGCGCUCUGAUGUACCACACCAUUACUCUGAUGAGAGAAGACCUAGAAAAGUUUAAAGCUCUGCGCAUCAUCGUACGCAUUGGUAGUGGCUAUGAUAACAUUGACAUCAAAUCUGCCGGGGAACUGGGCAUAGCUGUGUGCAAUAUGCCAGCAGCCUCGGUGGAGGAGACGGCGGACUCCACACUGUGUCACAUCCUCACCUUGUACCGACGCAUCACCUGGCUUCACCAGGCUCUCCGGGAGGGAACGCGGGUUCAAAGCGUGGAGCAGAUCCGAGAGGUGGCGUCAGGAGCCGCAAGGAUCAGAGGAGAGACACUGGGACUUAUAGGGCUCGGUCGAGUAGGCCAGGCUGUAGCCCUGAGAGCCAAGGCCUUUGGCUUCAAUGUGAUCUUCUAUGACCCUUAUUUGGCUGAUGGUGUAGAAAGAUCCUUGGGACUACAAAGGGUCACCACACUACAGGACCUGCUCUUCCACUCUGACUGUGUCUCUCUGCACUGCAGCCUCAACGAACACAACCACCACCUGAUUAACGACUUCACCAUCAAACAGAUGCGCCAGGGGGCGUUUCUGGUGAACACGGCCAGGGGGGGUCUGGUAGAUGAGAAGGCCUUGGCUCAGGCCCUGAAGGAGGGGAGGAUACGUGGAGCUGCUCUGGAUGUUCAUGAGACAGAGCCUUUUAGUUUCAGUCAGGGUGCGCUGAAGGACGCUCCCAAUCUGAUUUGCACCCCACACGCUGCCUGGUACAGCGAACAGGCAUCGCUGGAGAUGAGAGAGGAGGCAGCCAGGGAGAUCCGAAGGGCUAUUACAGGUCGUGUCCCUGACAGUCUAAAGAACUGUGUGAAUAAGGAGUUCCUCUCCCAGAACAACCACUGGGCAGGAGUUGACCCAGCUACCGUCCACCCCGAGCUCAACGGGGCUUAUAGGUAUCCCCCAGGUGUGGUGAGCUUGCCAGCUGGUGGCCUCCCACCACCUGUUGAAGGCAUUGUGCCCAGCGCCGUGCCCAUCACACACACCCUUCCGCCCGCUCUCACACACCCUCCUCAUGUCCCAUCCCCUGGACAAAAUACAGUCAAGCCACCAGAGGGCGACAGGGAGCAGCAUCCAAAUGACCAACUGUAGACAGACAGACACACACACACACACACACAGCAACCGGGAUCCUAGUGAUAAGUUCCCCAGUGACAAGUUGUCAUCAAACAGUUUCACAGAGUGUCAGACGGACAGGUUAAGGUCCAAAUAACAAUCGAUUCACAACCCCUGGCAAAUUGGUUCCCAGCAGCCAGUUCACACCCCAAAGAAGAAAAUGAGGAUGAUGAUAAAUAGGAUGAUGAACAAGAGUGGAUAGCUGUCUGAUGCUCUAAUCAAAGAGUGCUGAGUUGUCCCCAGAUGUCCUGAGAAAGACCGUAAAGAUCCACAGGUUGAUCUUCACAUAAAAACUCCAGUAUGGUCAAGUUCCUAUGUAGUCCCGGAGGUGACAUAGAGGAAAAAAAGAAAAAGAAAAAAAAAACAUGUACUGGGGACACUUUUGCAGGAUCUUGAUUUUGUUUUGUGGGAUCUUGAUUUUCUUUUACGAGAUAUUGCUAACCUAGCUAGCUAAUAGUGCGCUAGCUAGUAGCAAGACAUGAUUACAUGUCCUUGGUUGUCCAAAUACAUUGUUUAUUUUGAUAAGCAUUAAUAAUUAUUACAUGCCAAAGUGAAGUGUUUGAAUUGUCCUUGAUUGUUGAUGUCAAUAGUACUAGUUUGUGUUGUUGUAGCAACAUGCUUGUUCAUGAGCUAUUUUUUACAUAUCUCUAGUAUAGCUAGCUAGUUAUGUGGCGAACUCAUGAACUCGCCAUUUUACUGUAUAAAAUAUUCACUACUGGUAGACAUUGUUUUUUCAUUGUUCCUGAUCGUUUACCUGCAUGUCAAAAUAAAGGAUGAAUGUAUUUAUACAACCAAGGAGAUGUAAUCAUGUCAUGCAACUAGCUAGAUACUAGCUAGCUACUAAGGUUAGCAUGCAGUCAACAACGAUGUGCAUUGUAACACUUCAUUUUGGCAAGUAUUAAUUAGUAAUGCUUAUUAAAAUAAAUUCAUUUAAACGAUGUACAUGUAAUCAUGUCGUGCUACUAGCUAGCUAGGUUAGCCUUAUUGGAUUUGCGGGAUCUCAUAAAUAAAAUUAAAUGAAACUCGACAUCUCACAAAGCAAAGUCAAGAUCUGGCAAAACAAAGUCAAAGUCUUGCAAAAGUAUUUUUCCCAGUACAUGUAUUUUCCAUGUCACCUCCAGGGCUCCGUAAGUUUCUGCCAGAAGUAAAAAAAAAACUAAAAAAAUGUUGAUUUGGUAAAAAAAAAUACAGACUCCAAUUCUGCUGUUUAAGACUGUACUGCAUCCAAAGUUAGAGGGGCAGGUUUCAUGUCUUUCUCUCUUUUUCUGUCCUUUCCUUAGUUUGAUGUAAAAGCAUAAGUAGUAGGCUAUGAAAUGAAUUUAACCUGUCUGUGUACAGUUUUUAGACUUACGCCAAGAAGAUACUGAUAUUUGUAUUCCAGUCUUAACAAAAUAGGGUUUCUAUGUAGCCAAACUUGUUGAGAAUACAAUAUCUGAUUUUGUUUCAUGUGUCCCCAACUUAAGACCCCCCCCCCCCCCCCCCCCAAAAAAGAGGCAGCUUUUGCACACCAUCUCAGGAAAUUAAGUUUCCGCAGUUGGUAUAUAUUUUCUUUUUUUAAUUACUUUUUAUGCCACUUAGUGCUUUUGUUUUUCUACCUGCUUGCCUUUUCAUGUCCUGCUACAUAAGAUAAAAUGAACUUUAACAAGAGCUAAAGUUUAACUAAUGUUUGCUUCACUUUGUUAUGUUUAAGGGGCAUGUUUUGCUCUCGGGACUUAAUGUAAAUGUUUGACCCAAAUUAAGGGGGUUGCGGGAGGGAAGGUUGUAGGGAGGUGGUGUAAUGGUAUGCUUGGCUGGGACGAUUUCAUUCCUAGUCACUAUUUAAAUUUUAAAAAAAUAGAGUGGUUGGGAGCAGGUUGUGGACAAGGCAAUGCAUUGACAGUUUGUAGCAGCUUACAGUUUCAGAAACAGUCUCUUAAAAGGUUAUUAUAUUCUUUGUUGUCUUCAUGUCUAACGAUCCAGUACUUCCACUAAUACACACAUUCAUUUUCCAAGUCAUGGAGCAUGAACAGUUCAGCACACCAAGGUUUACAGAUGAUGCACAACAUUGUGUGUUGCUUUAUGCUAUGCUGUCAAAUCAGCCAACAGACUACUGCAGAAGAACUGCAUCAACAAACUCAAUAUAUCAAUUAUUCAACUGCUGUGCUUUCUGAAAGCAUUUUUUGGUUCAUAUGUUAAGUUAAACUCACUUGUACAGAUAUCACAUCCAGUCAAGGACAUUAAUGGUUACUGAGUAAUGAGGAACAGUUGUGUUCCUAAAAGUAGGGGUCAAACCAAAUGUUCAUAUUUUUAAUCCACUCCCAAAUCCACCUGUUAAGACUUUUUAAAAUACUCUAUGGCUCCUCAGUUUGAUAAACUUUCAAUAAACUAAAGGUGUUUCUUGAUAGCAUGUCAGAACAUACUGAUUAGUAUCCGUUUAACAUUUCACAAUGGGUCCUCCUGAGUAUACUGUUUAACCACCCUCAGUGGCCUCUGUGUCUAUGUGUACAUACUGUAUGGUGUUCUGCCUGCCUGUGUCAUUGUGACUUGGUUGUAUCUAUGUCUAAAAAAGCAGCACUGGGAGAAGGGGUGGCGACUAGUACGCUCCACAAGGCAUCACUACAAAAUCUGCCAUAAAAAUACACAAAUAAACAUUAUGUAAAAAAACAACAACUAAGAACUAGCUUAAAAGAACAAUACUUCAAAUUGAAGCUAGCAAACUCAACCAGUUAUCUGUGCUUUGACUGGUUUGAUUCCCACCAUGUAAACAAGAUGCUGAUGUUAUGUCAGUACAGUAAAAUAUUGGGCAUAUUUAUUUCAGUUUACAUAUUGUUGAUGUCAGCAGGCCAGCUAAGUGACAGUGCUUUUAGGAUCCCCUUCUACCAGCAGCUGAGUAGUAAAAACAGUUCACUGUUGCCUACCUGGUCUUCUUCUUCAUGGGAAGGUAGUAAAAGUAGAAAUCAGGGAUGGACAUUUCACGACCCAAUGGCGAGUAGUUUUGAGUUCUUACUGGCCAGAAUCUGAAGGGUUGUCUAGUACAGAAGGUACGGAGGUGACAUUUAAAUAUCACUGUCAGAUUUAAGCCCCAAAAUGCUUGAAAUAGCUUGGAUUUUACUCUUAAUCUUUUCACACCAGAUGCCUAUCGUUAUAUGGGGGAGAAACUCUUUGCUUAUACUCCCUGAUAUAAACUGUAAGCAUUCCUCAUUCAAACCGAUGGGUGCCAUAAAUAAAAAAACAGCAGACUAGCUUUGAGGGUCUUUUCGAGGUGCUCCUUGAAAUUCCAUCCCUGGUAGUAACACACAGUCCACUGUUGCCUACCUUGGUCCCCUUUAUGGUAGUAAGUAGAAGGCGUAGCAAUAUACAGUAUACAUAUUCUAUAUUCUACAGUAAAUAUCAUUAUUUUUGGUCAAAAUUGACAACCUGACAAAGAUAUGUUUGUGACUGUAUGCAUUUGUAUGAAUUAUUUUAAAAGGAAAUAAACUGUGGAAAGGUGAA